UAAACCUCAGAGGAAGAAGAUUAGCAUGAUCUGUGGCAUUGUGUUGUUGUUAACAAACUGUUAAAAUAUACUUUUAGUAUGUAGAAAGAUACAAUCAGGUCAAUAAAAACAUUCCCAUGCACAUAGACAUGACUAAGUUUUGUAGCAAGCAGGAAUAUCUGGAGGAGUAUCAACUGAACUGAGAUCUGCUGCUGUGAAGAUGGUGUUUGUUAAAGAGGAGAGUGAGGAGGACAUGAGUGAACCAGAACCCUGGAGAAUAAAACAUGAGGAACAAGGAGGCCUGAUGAAAGUGAAAGAGGAAAGGCAAGAUCUAAAUGAAGUGGAGGAGAAACCUCAGCAUCAGAAAGCUCAUGAUGUCAACACUGGAGAAAAAACAUUGAGUUGCCACAAAACCGAAAACAGUUGCUCACAAAGCAGCAUUCAAGUAACAGAAGUCACAAGACCUUUCACCUGCUCUCAGUGUGGAAACACUUUCAAACAUAAAGGAAGCCUUAAGAGGCACAUGUUAAUUCAUACUGGAAAAAGGCCUUUCAUCUGCUCGCAGUGUGGAAAGAGUUUUACACAGAAAGGACACUUUAAUGAGCAUGUGCGAAUUCACACUUCAGAAAAGGCUUACACCUGCCCUCAGUGUGGAAAGACUUUCACACGCAAAGGAAGCCUGAAGAGGCACAUAUCAAUUCAUACUGGAAAAAAUCCUUUCACCUGCUCUAAGUGUGGAAAGCGUUUUACAUGUAAAGGUAAUCUUAAUUAUCAUUUGGAAACUCACACUGAAGAAAAGGCUUUCACCUGCACUCAGUGUGGAAAGACUUUCAGGUGCAAAGAAACCCUUGAGAAUCACAAGUUAAUUCAUGCUGGAAUAAAGCCUUUUACCUGCACUCAGUGUGGAAAGACUUUCAGGUGUAAAGAAACCCUUGAGAAUCACAUGUUAAUUCAUGCUGGAAUAAAGCCUUUCAGCUGCUCUCAGUGUGGAAAGAGUUUUACACAUAAAGGAAGCCUUAAGAGUCACAUGUUAAUUCAUUCUGGAACAAGGCCUUUCAGCUGCUCGCAGUGUGGAAACCGUUUCAAACAUAAAGGAAGCCUUAAGGUUCACAUGUUAAUUCAUAUUGGAAAAAGGCCUUUCAUCUGCUCCCACUGUGGAAAACGUUUUACACAGAAAGGACAACUUAAUGAGCAUGUGCGAAUUCACGCUUCAGAAAAGCCUUUCACCUGCCCUCAGUGUGGAAAGACUUUCUCACGUAAAAGAAGCUUGAAGAAGCACAUGUCAAUUCAUACUGGAAUAAAGCCUUUCUCCUGCUCUCAGUGUGGAAAGAGUUUUACUUGUAAAGGAAGUCUUGAUUAUCAUUUGAUAACUCACACUAAAGAAAAGGCUUUCAGCUGCUCUCAGUGUGGAAAGACUUUCAGGUGUAAAGAAACCCUUGAAAAUCACAUGUUAAUUCAUGCUGGAAUAAAGCCUUUCAGCUGCUCUCAGUGUGGAAACAUGUUCAAACAUAAAGGAAGCCUUAAGACUCACAUGUUAAUUCAUACUGGAACAAGGCCUUUCAUCUGCUCCCAUUGUGGAAAGCGUUUUACACAGAAAGGACAACUUAAUGAGCAUGUGCGAAUUCACACUUCAGAAAAGCCUUUCAGCUGCCCUCAGUGUGGAAAGACUUUCUCGCGUAAAGGAAGCCUGAAGUUGCACAUGUCAGUUCAUACUGGAAUAAAGCCUUUCACCUGCUCUCAGUGUGGAAAGAGUUUUACAUGUAAAGGAAAUCUUAAUUAUCAUUUGGUAAAUCACACUGAAGAAAAGCCUUUCAGCUGCCCUCAGUGUGGAAAGACUUUCAGGUGUAAAGAAACCCUUGAGAAUCACAUUUUAAUUCAUGCUGGAAUAAAGCCUUUCACCUGUCCUCAGUGUGGAAACACUUUCAAACAUAAAGGAAGCCUUAAGAGUCACAUGUUAAUUCAUACUGGAACAAGGCCUUUCAUCUGCUCUCAGUGUGGAAAGUGUUUUACACAUAAAGGACACCUUAAUGAGCAUGAGAUAACUCAUGCUUCAGAAAAGCCUUUCACUUGCCCCCAGUGUGGAACCAGUUUCACACGUAAAGGAAGCCUGAAGAAGCACAUGUCGAUUCAUACUGGAAUGAAGCCUUUGGUGUGCUCCCAGUGUGGAAAGAGUUUUACACAUGAAGGACACCUUAAUGAUCAUUUGGCAACUCACACUGACGGAAAGUCUUUCACCUGCUCUCAUUGUGGAAAGACUUUCACGUGUAAAGAAACCCUUGAGAAUCACAUGUUAAUUCAUGCUGGAAUAAAGCCUUUCAGCUGCUCUCAGUGUGGAAACACUUUCAAACAUAAAGGAAGUCUUAAGAGACACAUGUUAAUUCACACUGGAACAAGGGCUUUCGCCUGCUCCCAGUGUGGAAAGAGUUUUACACAUAAAGGACACCUUAAUGAGCAUGUGCUAAUUCAUGCUUUAGAAAAGCCUUUUACCUGCUCUCAGUGUGGAAACUCUUUCACACGUAAAGGAAGCCUUAAGAAACACAUGUUAAUUCAUACUGGAAUAAGGCCUUUCACCUGCUCUCAAUAGCACAAAGUUCAUCUGCACCACUCUCACUCUGCCGUAAGGCAAUUUAACUGUGAUGACUGCAGUAAAGCAUUUGCUUUGCCGUCAUUACUGAAGAACCACCAGAAAGUUCAUACAAAUGAGAAACUGUACGCCUGUCCUAUUUGUGGAAGAGAUUUCCAAGGUUUGACUCCCUGAAAAGACACCAGAAAAUAAUACAUGAUAGCUUGAUAAAUUCUGUGCUGUGUGGGAAAAGCUUUAAUACAGAAGAUCUCCCAUGCCAAAGCACCCAUAAGGGAGAGAAACCAUACAAGUGUUGAAAUAUGAAAAAAAAAAAGACAGUUAAUCAACAGUUACCACUAAAAUAUAAUAAAAUAGAAAAAAUCUCUGGGACUUUCUCUUCUGUUGACAUUCAUUCAAAAAAGCCAACCUGUUCUCAUUUCAAAGGCGUCCGAUAAUGAUAAUGAAAACCAUGCCCAAAAUCCCCAUGCCCUUCACGUCAGUAUCGACGGCAACUGUUUCUCAUUUAAAGCCUGAAACUUACCUGCGCGUAUAAAGACGCUUUUUGGGCAAAAGUCUUGAACAAACAUGCAGCAUUUAUGAGAACGGAUUGGAGUGUUAACCGGUUGCACACCGGACGGGAAGAGCCGUGCCUCGGACGUCUCAUAGUAGGCCUAUCGAACACUGGUCCAGUCUUUCUGUACUCGCGUUCUCAAGUUCAAGGUGGCAGUUUAAAACAGUGAAUCAAAUCACCGUACGUACAUAAAGUUCACUUCAAGAAUUAAUUCAAGUGGCGUCAGUAUAAGGAAAAAAACUGCAUAAACAGAGAGAGUGCAAUUAUUGUUUCUCUGCACUAUUUAAGGCACAAAAACAAAUCUGUUGUUAAAAUGCACAACACACAGUCUUGCAAACUAGGGAAAAGACAGAAUGUACACAUAUCCAUCCCAAAUCGAUGUAUUUUAGAAAUCUGAAUGGCAAACUGUGGUCCGGCAUGAUUUUGAACAGCUGUUGGGUGUAGAUGCGAGUUUGCGGUCAUAGAAUAGGCUAUCUUCUAAUUUUAAAGACGCGGUGCUUCACUUCUCUCAGUUUGCGACCUGUUUAGCUUUGUUUUGCUAAUGUUUGAGUUAAGUUCUCCUUUUAGGGGAAGGGCUCUGAUAGCGAUGGCAUGCAAAAUGGUAGAACAUAAUUUAUGAACCCGCCAAAUUGGCUUGUGAAUUGAUGUGCGUUACCCGCCAAGAUCGAUUUUCACCCGCAUUUGGCGGGUUGGCUGGUUGGCAAGAAAAGUGUAAAAAAUAGAAAUUCAAAUAGGGCUGCCCCCUAAUAGUCAACCAAGUGUUAGUAGACUAGAAGAGGCUUGAUCGACCAAGAUUUUAUUAAUUAGUUUGCAAAAAAAAAAAAAAAUCACAGGAAGUGGUGAAAAUAUUAGUAGGCAGGGGCAGCCAUACAUGCAAAUGUGAAUUUUCUGUUUACAUGUAACACAUUGCUACAUAAUACUUACUGUUGAAAUCUUGAUGUAACUAAGUGCAAAGUGAUGUCAUAAAAAUUGUUGAUACAUAUUGGUGGAAGUUUUGAAUGCUGUCAAUAGAUUGUCGCGAUUAAUCACACACUUACCGUGAAAUUAAGCAUACACCAUUUAUCUUGUUUAACACGUCCAUUUUGCCAUCAUUGCCUAUAUCCAGCAAAGUAAACCAACAGACUGAAGUGUGAUUCUCACAAAACUGUAUUUUUCAGCUUUUUUCAAGGUAAAUUUAAUGUCUUUCCAAAAAGGACACCAAAUAACCAAAUAUUUUUUCAUAUAAUUCAUACAUUUAUGUACACCAAAGCACCCAUAAAAAAAAUAAAAGCAAAAAAACGUUUCAGAAUUGAGUGUAUAGUAUGUGCAACAGCAAAGAGCUUGUUUGCAUUUUGUUUGCACAUCAAUAUAACAGAUUCACGUGUGCUUCUGUACGUUAUCGCAAUCGUCUUUACUUUGAUUGCAAUCCUUAUCCAUCAAAACUUUCAUAGCAAGAAGCUGAUUUGCUUUAUCCAGCAGAGAAACAUAGUUUUCAUAUCAUCUGGCCAUACAGCGGUGGGAUGGCUCGACGUUCCGUUCAGACAGGAACAGCGUGAUGCGGGAGGGCUCGUGCUCUUCAGAUACAAUGACACAAUAUGACAGAGUUCGUGUUUUAAAGCGAAACAGACACUGGAAUGAAUAAUUCUCUUUGCCAUCUCUGAUAUAAUCAGCAUGGACUUUAAGAUCAUCUAACUGUAUGACAUAAAUUAACUUAUGAUGCAA